AGCCUUUCCAGCUAAUUAGCUCAGCACACAACAAAGAUAAGUGAGCCUGGGAGGAGGGCCCCCUGAGGGGUCCUCCGAUUCUGGGAAAUGUCUGAUUGGCAGAUGUUAAAAGGGAUUCUUUGGUAAUCCAGUGCAUCAAUGAGCCGCACAAAUUCAGUCCAGGACUGCGAGAAUUCAGGCAUGAGGACGCCCUGUGCCGGAGUCUCCGCACAGGCAGACCCGAGAUGGACAGAACCUUGGAAUCUCUGAGACACAUCAUUGCCCAGGCUUUGCCGCACAGAAACCCGGCUCUGGUCUUCAAAGACUUGAAUGUUGUGUCAAUGCUACAGGAAUUUUGGGAGAGCAAGCAGCAACAGGGGGCUGCGUUCCCAAGCGAAGGCGUGGUGGUCUAUGAGUCACUGCCAUCUGCCGGGCCUCCCUUUGUGAGUUAUGUGACUCUCCCAGGGGGAAGUUGCUUUGGCAAUUUUCAGUGUUGCCUAAGUAGAGCAGAGGCCAGACGAGAUGCAGCCAAAGUGGCCCUGAUCAACUCCCUCUUCAAUGAGCUGCCCUCUCGCAGGAUCACCAAAGAGUUCAUCGUGGAAAGUGUUCAAGAAGCCGUGGCCUCCACCAGCGGCACUCUAGAUGACGCAGACGACCCUGGCACAAGCAUCGGAGCCUACCACUACAUGUUGGAGUCCAACAUGGGGAAGACCAUGCUGGAGUUUCAGGAGCUGAUGACCAUCUUCCAGCUGUUGCACUGGAACGGAAGCCUGAAGGCCCUACGCGAGACCAAAUGCUCCCGACAGGAAGUCAUCUCCUACUAUUCCCAGUACUCCCUGGAUGAAAAAAUGCGCAGCCACAUGGCCCUGGACUGGAUCAUGAAGGAGCGGGAGUCACCAGGAAUCCUUUCUCAGGAGCUACGAAUAGCCCUGAGGCAGCUGGAGGAAGCCAGAAAAGCUGGACAAGAACUACGCUUUUACAAAGAGAAGAAGGAAAUCCUGAGCUUAGCCCUGACUCAGAUCUACAGCGACCCUGAGGCAUCCUCACCCAGUGAUGACCAGCUGAGCCUCACGGCCUUGUGUGGCUACCACUAACAAGGCUGGGUCCCCGGUGCUCCAGGGAUGCCAGGCUCUGACAUCAGGUGGCCCACUGGAGGGGCACAGAGGCCUCAGCACGGUUAGCAACUGCCUGCAGAAGUCUGCAUCCUCCCCACCCCUUCUUCCCACGGAAUGAGAGAGUAGUAGAACUCCUCCCAGGCCCAGCAUCCCUCGCAAUGCAUGUUUCUCCCAUUGCACUCUCAAUAGCUCCACCACU